AUGGGGGAAAGUGCAAAAGAAAUUCUGUAUGAGACACGUCAUCACGCUUCCAGGCCUUACUCUUCCAAUUACCCUCCUCAGCCUCAACAGCUAAAUGAAGGUCUUAGAGGAAGAUUUCUCUCUUUGCUCUCGACCCGAGGUGUUUGCCAACUAAAAGAAAAAUGGAGUGAAUAUUGGCAUCCGAGGAAAUUACGAAAAUGGAUAUCUCUGUUUGUCUCUCCAAGGGGCGAACGUGUGGCCAUAGCAGCUUGGAAUCAAAUAACCAUCUUGCAGAAGGAUGAUGACUACCUGGAGCCAUGUGGCAUUUUUACCAGUAGCAAUCUGGUCCCAUUUACCUGUGGAAUUUGGUCAGAAGCUCAUGAUGUUCUUGGGGUUGCUGAUGAUGCUGAUACACUCUAUUUUAUUAAAGCUAAUGGGGAGGAGAUAGCCAGAACUACAGGAAGGCAUUUGAAAUUGUCUUCUCCAGUAAUAGGCUUGAUUAUACGGGAUGAAUCUGAUGUGAAGAAAUCUUGCUUGUGGACAUUCACUGUACUUACAUCAGACGGUUCCCUUCAUGAUAUUGAGAUCAGUCAAGAUCCAAGUGCCUCAAUUUCCUCAGCACACACCUCAAAUAAUGGCUCAACACUAAGGACGCAAUUCCCUCAAACUGUGUUCUGCUUGGAUUACCAGUCAAAAACAUCUUUGCUUGCUGUAGUCAGUAGUACUGUUAGCAUCUCGUUGACUGGAUCUUGUAGUCUUUCUCUUUGGCGAAGAAAUAGGAACUUGGGUCUGGAACCGGUAUUUUCUUCUCAGAUUGAAGGUUUAUACUCCAAGCCAAGAGGUUACAUAGGUCAUUUAUCAUCUCCGAAGUUGCUAAUCUCACCACUGGGCAAAUUUGUUGCUACUUUAGAUUUGAGAGGAUGCUUGUUUACUUUUAAACUGGGUGAAGAACAGUGCUCUCUUUCAAAUUUUCCUUGUGGAGAGAGAUAUAAGUCUCAAGUGACAGAUGAUACAUCUAGUAAAGAGUGGCAAUCCUUGAAUGAUGUAGUCGAUUUUACUUGGUGGUCUGACAAUAUCCUUACUAUUGCGAAAAGGAGUGGCACUAUCACCAUGCUUGACAUUCUUAGUGGUGUUAAACUCUUGGAGAAUGAGCCUGUAUACUCUAUGCCCAUUUUAGAAAGAGUACAGCAGUUCCCUGGACACCUUUUUCUCUUGGAGAGUACGUCAUCAGUGCACAGCUACGAAUCUCCUAACAAAAAGGCAGCAAGUGAUUUUCAUCUCGAGCAGGUUACGACAGAUAAUUAUAACCAGCUUGACUUUGCUAAACUGCAUUGGAGCCUGAUAUCAUUUUCUGAAAAAUCAAUUCUUGAAAUGUAUGAUAUAUUAGUUAGUGAUCAUAAGUAUCAGGCUGCCCUGGAUUUUGCUAAUCAUCAUGGGUUGGAUAAAGAUGAAGUGCUAAAGUCGCAAUGGCUUCACUCCUGUCAAGGAAUAGAUGAAAUAAAUAUGUUACUGUCCAAGGUCAAGGAUCAAGUUUUUGUACUAUCUGAAUGUGUGGAGAGAGUUGCCCAAACAGAAGAUGCAGUGAGAGCUUUACUUGCUUACGGGCUCCGCCUGACCAGCCAGUACAGGUUUUCUGAAGCAGAAAAUGAUGUAUGUAGCCAGGUUUGGGGUUUCCGUCUAGCAAGACUCAAAUUGUUGCAGUUCAGAGAUAGGCUGGAAACAUUUCUUGGUAUAAACAUGGGCAGGUUUUCUGUGCAGGAGUAUAGCAAGUUUCGCAUUAUGCCAAUGAAUGAAGUUGCUGUAGCGCUUGCAGAAAGUGGGAAAAUUGGUGCCUUAAACCUUCUUUUCAAGCGUCAUCCUUAUUCACUGACUCCUUUCAUGUUGGAAGUUAUAGCCGCUAUUCCUGAAACAGUUCCUGUUCAAACAUAUGGGCAGCUGCUUCCUGGUAAUUCUCCUCCGUCAAGUAUUGCCCUUAGGGUAGAAGAUUGGGUUGAAUGUGAAAAUAUGGUAACAUUUAUUGAUAGACUCCAUGAGAAUCAAGAGAACAACAUUCAGAUCAGAACUGAACCCAUUGUCAAGCGAUGCAUCGGUUUUUCAUGGCCAUCAGCUAAUGACCUCUGUACAUGGUACAAAAACAGAGCUAGAGAUAUUGACACUUUUAGUGGGAAGCUGGACAAUUGUUUGUGUUUGGUUGACUUUGCUUGUCGCAAGGGUAUUUGUGAAUUGCAGCUGUUUCGUGAGGAUAUAUCGUACUUACACCAGCUUAUUUAUUCUGAUAGCGGUGGUAAUGAAAUGAAUUUUACCAUGAGUCUCAUUGCAUGGGAACAGUUGUCUGACUAUCAAAAGUUCACAAUCAUGCUUAAGGGAGUCCAAAAGGAAAAUGUUAUCGCAAGACUCCAUGAUAAAGCAAUUACAUUCAUGCGAAAUAGAUUUCAAGAUACCACAUCACUUGCUGGAGAUUACCUAGUUGAUAACUAUCCUACAGUUGAUAAAAGGGUUGGCUCAUAUCUGGUUAGGUGGCUGACAGAGCUUGCUUUGGAGAAUAAAUUGGACAUAUGUUUAAUAGUAAUUGAAGAAGGGUGCAGGGAAUUUCAAAGUAAUGGAUUUUUUAGGCACGAGGCUGAAGCUGUAGAUUGUGCUUUGCAGUGCAUAUAUUUGUGCUCUGCUCCAGAUAGGUGGAGUACUAUGGCCUCCAUUUUGUCUAAGCUCCCACAAUUACGAGGUACCCUUUCCUUAUAUGGUCUUAAUUCUUGGAUAGUGAAUGGGAUCUAUCAUUUGUCAGUUUUUUUGGAUUGA